AGCGCUGAGUCUGGGAGAGCUGCUGGGUGGCUGCUCCUCCGAGGCUCUGGGCUCCCAGCUCCAGACCGACUCCUGCGCUCCCUGCUCCCUGUGCCCUCCAGCUCUCUCCUUAGAGGGGACUCUGCGGAGGAGCCAGCGAUACCGCUCCGCUUCACCCCAUACUGACCCGCUCCCUGCCCCAGGCCCAUUCCUUUCCUCCGCUGUCCGCGGCAGUUCCCCGCGCCCUCCGGACCCCAGAGAGCUGCAGCCAUGGGCAUCCGAGGCAUGCUGCGAGCCGCUGCGCUCCUGCUGCUCAUCAGAACCUGGCUCGCAGAGAGCUAUGACCCCAGUCCCACCCCAAAAUUCCACUUCGAGUUCUCCUCCACCAUGCCCGAAGUCGUCCUGGACCUCUUCAACUGCAAAAAUUGUGCAAAUGAAGCUGUGGUUCAUAAGAUUUUGGACAGGGUGCUGUCGAAAUAUGAUGUCCGACUGAGACCAAAUUUUGGAGGUGCCCCUGUGCCUGUGAAAAUAUCUAUCUAUGUCUCCAGCAUUGAACAGAUCUCAGAAGUAAAUAUGGACUAUACAAUCACAAUGAUUUUUCAUCAGACCUGGAAGGAUUCUCGCUUAGCAUACUAUGAGACCGACCUGAACCUGACCCUGGACUAUCGGAUGCAUGAAAAGUUGUGGGUCCCUGACUGCUACUUUGUGAAUAGCAAGGAUGCUUUUGUGCAUGAUGUAACUGUGGAAAAUCGUGUAUUUCAGCUUCACCCAGAUGGAACAGUGCAGUAUGGCAUCCGACUCACCACCACAGCAGCCUGUUCCCUGGAUCUGCACAAAUUUCCUCUAGACAAGCAGGCCUGCAAGCUGGAGGUGGAGAGCUAUGGCUACACAGUCGAAGACGUUGUCUUAUCCUGGGAAGACAACGAGAAUGCCAUCCACAUGACUGAGGAGCUGCACAUCCCCCAGUUUUCUUUCUUGGGAAGGACAAUUACUAGCAAGGAGGUGUACUUUUACACAGGUUCCUACAUGCGCCUGAUACUGAAGUUCCAGGUCCAGAGGGAAGUUGGCAGCUAUCUUGUGCAGGUUUAUUGGCCCACUGUCCUCACCACCAUCCUCUCUUGGAUAUCAUUUUGGAUGAACUAUGAUUCCUCUGCAGCCAGGGUGACAAUUGGCCUAACUUCAAUCCUCGUCCUGACAACCAUCGAUUCACAUCUUCGGGAUAAACUCCCCCACAUUUCCUGUAUCAAGGCCAUUGACAUCUAUAUCCUUGUGUGCUUGUUCUUCGUAUUCCUGUCCUUGCUGGAGUAUGUCUACAUCAACUAUCUUUUCUUCAGCCAAGGACCUCGACGCCAUCGUAGGCGACACAGGAGACCCAGAAGAGUCCUUGCCCGCUACCACUACCAGGAAGUAGUGGUGGGAAACGUGCAGGAUGGCCUGAUUAACGUGGAAGAUGGAUUCGGCUCUCUUCCCACCAGCCCAGCACAGGCCCCCCUGGCAAGCCCGGAAAGCCUCGGCUCUUUGGCGUCCACCUCAGAGCAGGCCCAGCUGGCCAUCCCGGAAAGCCUCAGUCCACUUUCUUCCCUCUCAGGCCAUGCCCAGUUGGCCACUGGAGAAAGCCUGAGUGAUCUCCCCUCCACCUCCCAGCAGGCCCUUCAUGGCUAUGGUAUUCACUUUAAUGGCUUCCAUAGUGAUGACACUAUUACUCCCACCAAAAUCCGAAACCGUGCCGAGGCCCUUGACCAUGCUGAGACCUAUGACAACGAAGAUUCUGAAGAUGACCUGAGCUUGGAUAAGAACCAUGGCCAUGGCCCCAGCCGGAAAGCCAUGCAGUACCUUGGCCAGAGGUGUGUGCAAGAAGGAAACUGGGACCUUGAUGAGAUCCAGAGCUUACAUGAUGACAUCAAUGUCGAGAGCCGCUCCCUUGACCUUGAGGAACAACGCAAGGAUGAUAAUGACAGUAUCUGGAGCCUUGAUGAUGAGGAGCUCAUGGCCUGUGACCUAGAGAAGGACACUAGCUCAGAGUCUGAGGACAGUUGCCCACCAAGCCCUGGGUGCUCCUUCAAUGAAGGGUUCUCUUUCCAGCUCUUUAACCCAGACCAUGUCCCGAAGGUUGACAGGUGGUCCCGAUUCCUCUUCCCUCUUUCCUUUGGCCUGUUCAAUGUUGUUUACUGGCUGUAUCAUAUCUACUAGUUCCCACUGUGCUGUGCUCCCUUCACAGUUAUCUUGCUUUUGUUUUUCCCUUUUUUCUUUAUUCAUUUUACUUGGUGGUUCUUGGUUCAACACUUGUCUUUAUCAUCAUGAGGUGGCAAAUAGGGAAAGAACCCAUUCCAGUGAGAGGGAAAGGACUUGAGGAGGAAUGGGAAAAGAAAGGAUGGAUCUGAGUGUUACCCACCAACAUUUAUGGUGGCUUUUCUGUCCCUAUGAGGUGUCAAAUUUUCUUUUUCAUUUCCUUUUCUCUUCUUUGUUUUUCCUCCUAGGGUCAUGGACCUUGCUCACCCUCUGCUUAGGACUCUGAGAGAAAGUAAAGCUAAGUUGGGCUAGGGUGUGCAGGGGAAGGACUAGCCACAGCUUCAAAGUACAGGCAACUGGCUAUAAGAAAGUCGGGGAGCUUUUGAAAGUGCCUUUUGCCCAUGAUUUGGUAUUUUGUGUGAUGUUGUAGCAUAGGAUUAGAAAGAAAAUGUGGGUGACAAGAGGUACAAAGGGAGAUGGCAGGGGUAAGUGAGGAACCGGCAGAGGGUGAAGUCAGGUUGGAGAGUGCAUGGGUUAAGCUGGCCCCUUUGGAGGGAUUAGAACUUCUCUUGCCCAUAUUUCUGCUUCAGAAUGCUUAACCAUGGGAACUCAAUACUUCUGUCUAGUCAGCAGUUAGCAGUCAUCUGUCAAUCACUGAGUUGGACACUAGUCACAGUGUAAUUGCUUGGUGAAUAACCACUGGGCUGGAAAGUUCAGACUGGCUAUUUAACCUCUGAUCUAGAGUAGCAAAUGAACAACUAUUAUGAAUCUAUAUACUAAUCCUUUAUAUUCGUCUAGUGCGUGGUAAGUGUCAACAAGCUCACUGACCCUUCACACUACUGGACCCUCACAGAAGCGCUGUGAGCAAGAGAAAGCAAAGCACCGUGUCCCCAGUGUUCCAAGAAAAAUGUGGAAUGCAUGUGCCAUGCUUGAGGACACUUGCUCUUCAUACUUAUGCUACUCUGAACUGAAGUAUACCCCUUCUUUCCCUCCCCCUUGCAAAAGGGGGUCCUCUAGCAGAGUCUGCUUACCUAUCAUGUUGCCAGCCUCAUUCUAUAGCACUGGAGCAUCUCAGCAGGAAGAGGCUGCUAACCAGCCAAUAAGAGAGAAGCCAGCAAGUGGAGAGUGUGGACCUUCAGACCCAGUAUGUGCAUGAACCAGCUUGAUGAAGGCCAUGAGGAAGUGAGCUUUGCCAAGCACUCAACCCAUGUUCCCCCUUCCUCCCUAGGCAGCCUCUCCUGCCUCUCCUCACCCCUCCACCUACCCACCCUUUUAAUUGUUCCUCUGUGUUGCUACUUCUGUGUGUCUGCUACUUGUGUUUAUCUGAUUUGAAUGGGCAUGAAAGAAAGUACACUUGAAAGGACAUGCAUUCUUGUUGGUGGCUUUUCUAGAACCACCAGAAUUCCCAUGGCCUGUACCUACAUAAAGCCCUAUUUGGAUGGGCUGGUUAACUGUUUCUUUCCGAUCCCGCUGUUCCAGAGAGCAGGUUCUCCUGGUUCCCGUCCACUCCUUACUCCUCCCUCUCUGCAUCUGUGCUGUGUUCUGUAUUGAAGGCCCAGGGGAAGUACAGGUAGUCCUAAGAAGUGCUAAUAUAGUGCCUUGAGGUAGGUAGUACUCAAUUUGUGGGAUAAGUUGGGCGCUGAGCAUUUUGCUUGGUGCUAGAAGAGCAUGGUUUAGGGAAAAGGAAGUUGUUACCAGAAUAUCUAAGAUUGCCUAUAUUUGGACACCCUGCACAGAGAGGUCCAGAUUGAAGGGAGAACAGUACCCUCACAUGGCUAUUGAAAAACUAGCUUCCUGGAGCUUAAUCAUUGGUUGCUUGACUUGUAUUCAGUCUCCAGGACCCUGGUGGGGAUUUGAACCCUGUGGAGGGGAAGCAGUUCAUUGGGGUGAAGUCACAAAGGGAAGUCAGAACAAUGAGGAAGAAUAAGAGGUAGCAAUGCACAGGAAGGUUUCACAGCAUAGAGGAAUGGCAGAGAGGCCAGUUGUAAAUACCCACAUACUAGGUACGUUAGACCUUAAAGAAUAUCCUGCCCUAGUGUGCUGCAAUGAGAGCAGUUGAACUCUACUGCUACUCGUACUCCGUGAAGUUAAAUGUCAAGUUGAGGUGGAGAUUUGGCAAUGACACUGUUUCAGGAACUUGAACUUUCAGCCUUUGCCAUAGUUUUGAUCCUUCUAAUUGCCAGGAAAAUUGUCCUGGAAAUUGCCAGAUCUCCCCUUGUCAUGUUCUGUGUGUGGUCUGUCAUUGGCGUCCUUAUUGAGCCCCAUCCUGAGCUACCCCUAACCCCUCCCCUGCUGUGCAGGUACACCCCUCCAGUUGGCUGCCAAUGUCCCCUGCCAAACCUCCCCUACACCAAGUAGCUCUAGAAGUACAGAUCAUCUGGUUGGGUGCUCCCUGAGUUCAGCCAAUCAAAGGGCCCUUGGUAAUUUGGAGCUUGGGCAGAGGGAAGGGUCUUGCUGAGUCUGGGAUGGAACACCCCCACUGCUCACUUUUCCUUUCUCUCCCUCCCCUUGACUUUCCCCUUAGAAUCCCUCCCUCAGGAAGGACGCCCCCUGUUUUUUCCAAAGUGUUGUUUUGUCGUGGGGAUGUCUGACACGUUUCCUACCAAGAUCUUGACCAUUCCAUCUGCCACUGUGGGGUGCCUUUGCAGAGGUAACAGACAAACUCUUGGGUCUUAGUGGAGCUUAUUCAAUCUUUUCUUCUAAUUCUAAUUCUUGUUAAUAGCAAGGCUACAAAAUCUUUGCAUAUUCAGAGCUGAGUUUUGCUGAGACUAUGGACAUUCCUAGUGAGGUUUGCACAUUCUGUACAUACAACAGCUAACCCUUUGAGCUAUUAACUACUGAAUGCAUCCACUAAGCUCUCCACCUGCAUGAUACCCUGCUGUGGUGAUGUGCAGUAGCUUUAUAACUACUCAAAGCCCAGCAUCAAAGGAAAUUGUGACUUGUCCUACUGAAAGUACAGUGUGUGUUUGUUGUAUAAUUGUCCUGUGAUCAAUAUGAGAUCUAUAUUAUCAGUGUUGGGUUUUCAGGGGGGAGGGAAGGGUGUUAAAGUAUUUUCCUCAAUACUUAAAUUAUGAAAUACCCCCAAAUGGUCAGGGUCACCUCUAUGGACUCCACUUGUGUGAGAAUUUGCACCCAGCAUCUUGCCAGACUGCAUCCCCAGGGUUGGUUGUCAUCAGCAAUGCUGAAGGUGUCAUAAUUUAAUGCAACCAGCUCUCCUGCCUGACACCAGGCAGUCAGGGGAUUUUGUUGAAGGCAGUCAAGUCAGUAACAUUCUGGAAGUAUGAACUACAGUAAAAUCGCACAUACCAGGUCUUCAGACAGUGAAAACCAAGAAAAGAGGAGGAGGAAUAAGACUCAGGUGUCCUGAAUGACCUGACCCACAAAAGGGCACAGAGCAGGAGAGCCUAAUGAGAUGACUGGGAGCCUUCUUUGUUCUAAUUAAUUGUACAUUUUCACAUGACCUUGACCAGUCCUGACCUUAAGAAAGUAAAAAAAAAA